AUGAUUAGUUGGAGCGAGAGGGAAAUUUAUGAACCUUUAGAUAAUUUAUUAGCUUAUGGAAAUUUUUUGUCUUAUAUUAUAAACUCAACUCUAUUUACUAACGCUUCUGUUGUAGGAAUCUCGAAAAGAAUGAGAGAUGAAGAAGUGAGAUUUAUGAAGCAAAAUAAAUUAUUACAUCUCUACUUAGCGUUUAAAGCGAGAUUAAUAUGCAAGAAUUAA